CACCCACAAUUAUACAACUAUUAUCUGCAAUUUUGCAAUUCAAUUCAGUUUCUACAACCCUACAUUUUGCGAAGACUCUCUGCGAAGCUUUGCCAAUUCUCUACUCGUCUUUGAGUUCUGUUUCAGUUAGUGUAAUAGAAUGAGCCGCCCACAAGAACCACACAGGCCUUUCCUCCCCUUUGGAAACCCUUUCCGUAAGAUGUCACCAAAGGGUUCAUACCUGUCCCCUAAACUUCUUGCUUUGUUGAAUACCUUUGAAGAGACAUUGCAGGGUAGGAUUAAAAAUCUUAGGCCAGUAGGUAGAGAUGAUGUCCUGCGCUUAUCGUGGAUGAGGUUUGCGAUGGACACACUCUGUGAAAUUCAUACCGACGUGAAAGCAUUAAUUACGGCACUUGAACUCCCCGUUUCUGAUUGGGAUGAUAAAUGGAUAGAUGCAUAUCUAGAUGAUAGUGUACAGCUGCUUGAUAUCUGCAUUGCUUUCAGCUCCGAGAUAUCUCAGCUGAAACAGGGCCACCUCUUUCUUAAAUGUGUCUUGCGCAACUUUGGUGAUGCUCCUGCAAAACAGCUUGAACGUGCCCGUUCUUCCGCCGACAGAUGGAAGCAACAUGUUGCCAAGAAGAAUCCAAGAUUUGAAAACUGCUUCUCUGCCAUGGAUGUCCUGGCUGAAAAACUGGACUUACCAAAAAUCAAGAACUCCGCCAAGGGAAAGAUCUUGAUGCAAGCAAUGUAUGGAGUCAAGGUUGUUAGUCUCUUGGUAUGUAGCAUAUUUGCCGCUGCAUUCUCUGGUUCCACAAAGAAGUUGUUGGACCUACAGGUUCCCGAAACUUUCUCAUGGGCAGUGGCGUUUUCUGAGCUCCAGGCUUUUGUAAAUACUGAAAUAAGAAGCCUACAUUCGAAUGGGAGGACCACGAUACUGAAGGAGCUAGAAGCUGUUGACACAGAUGUGAAGAAGUUAUACCCAAUUGUGCAAGAAGGGGGGAACGCGGUUGAAGCUCAAGUAUUGGAAAACUCGAUAUCAGAUCUAGGAAAAUCAGCAGAAAAACUCUCACAGGGACUUGAUCUACUCGCAAAGGACGUAGACAAGUUCUUCCAGAUAGUCCUAAUGGGACGUGAUGCUUUACUCGGUAACCUUAGGAUUGGUGGCAGUGCAUCUAAUAGAGUGCAUCGAGUGAACAUCAAUGUUGGAGGCCCAAUGGUUAGGUGAAGGUUAAAUGUAAACUCACUCCUUUGUACACAAGUGUGUAGUUUAGAAGCAUUGUUUUUUCUGUUUGAAUA